ACCUGACACUUGACAGUAAUGUCAAAAUAUUUACAAUUUUAACCGGUGUGGAGUGAAUUAAAUAGUUUCAUAAAAAAUAUUCGAAAAUAUUGUAAUCAGAUGUCAUAAAAACAUGCAGUCAAGAAAACCUUUAUUUGUAAAGCCCGGCGACGAUAACUUAUAUCCGGUUAAAAACAAAGAUGGCAUCAUAGAAACUUUUAUAAAUCCAAACGUCGAUGCCGCACUUACGGUAGACAAUGACUCGAAGACGAACUUCGUCUAUAAUAGAUACCAUCAUCUUCCUUUGGAGUCUCAGAGACAAAAGCUGCCGGUUUUUCAAUAUCGGAACCACAUUCUUUACCUUAUGGAGAAAUAUCAAACAUUGAUAUUAAUCGGUGAGACGGGAUGUGGAAAGUCAACUCAAGUACCCCAGUAUAUGUACGAAGUUGGUCACAAUGUCUGCGUUACCCAGCCCAGGGUGACGGCUGCUGUGUCCCUGGCCUGCAGGGUAUCUGAAGAGAGGGGAAGUACCCUGGGGGAAAUCGUGGGGUACGCUGCUGGUAUGAUAUCCAUACGUGCUCCAGACACUCCUAUCGUGUUUAUGACAGAAGGUGUCCUAUUGCGAGAGAUGUUUGCUUCACCGCUCUUGAUGCAGUAUUCUUGUGUUGUUCUCGAUGAGGUUCACGAGAGAUCUCAGAUGACUGAUGUUCUGAUGGGUCUAUUGAAGAAAAUUGCGAGGAAACGUAAAAAUCUUAAACUAAUUAUAUCUUCUGCGACAAUGGACGCCGAUUUCCUGAAAGAUUUCUUUAAUUUAAACAAAGACCAGACGAACAGCACAUCUGUCAUCAUGUCCAUGCGGGGACGGACGUAUCCCAUAGAUAUAUUCUAUGUUCAAGAGCCCGUUCCCGACUACGUUCAAGCCACCGUAGACACUGUCAUUAAGAUACACGAGAACGAGCCGUUCGGCGACGUGUUGGCGUUUCUGACGUCGCAGGAAGAAAUCUUAUCAGCCUUAGAGAGUUUACAGAGCUACGCGCAGACAAACAACCAGUCUAACAAGAGUCACUUCCCCAGCGGCAUAGCUCGUAGCACGAUGACAGUCCUGCCCAUGUACGGCAGCCUGCCUUACUACAGACAAAUAAAGGUCUUCCAAAUAGACAGGAACGUCAGGAAAGUAGUCCUCGCGACCAACAUAGCCGAGACUAGCGUCACCAUACCCGGGAUCGUUUAUGUGGUGGACAGCGGCUUCCACAAGCUGCCGCAGUACGACGUCUCGCUCGGCCUGGAGCUGCUGCGCGUGUGUGUCGUGUCCAGACACAACGCCGUGCAGCGAGCGGGCCGCGCGGGCCGGACUAGCGCCGGGAAGUGCUACAGGCUGUACACCGAGGCCGAGUACGAUAAACUUCCGGUCUGCGUCCCUCCGGAGAUGUGUCGGAGUGACCUCACAUCCGCUCUGCUAAGACUCAAAGCUCUCGGCAUUGAUAAUCUGUUGAAGUUUACAUUCCCGACGCCCCCGCCGGCUAAAUCUCUGCUGUCUAGUAUAGAGACGUUGUACGCGUUACAGGCGAUAGACAAACAAGGGGCCCUGACCCCCAUGGGGGUUGUCAUGAGCGAGUUACCAUUAAACCCCAUGUGCGGCAGGAUGCUGUGUGCCAGCGCGGAGUACGGUUGUGUGGACGAGAUUCUGUCCGUCGUGAGCAUGUUGCAAGUCGACGGAGUCUUCUUGAAGACCGGAGGCAGAGACGCCGCAGCGGCGAGGAUCAGUAAGAGGAAUAACUUUGAGGUAGCGGAAGGCGAUGUUAUAAUGUACUUGAAUAUUUUGGAUGCGUACCGGAAGAUGAGGUCGAAAUAUGACGAGAAGAAGACGAAGAGAGCGAGCAGAGACUGGUGUCAGAAGAUGUAUCUGAACUAUAGAGUCCUGGAGAAGGCGCUCGACAUACGGAAGAGCUUGGAAGUGUUGGUUAAAGAUAAGUUCCAACUCAAGAACAAACCGAUAGAUGGCGCUGACGUCGGUUCAGUAAAGUGUAUAAACAUCAUGAAGGCUGUGUUAUCCGGUUUGUUUUUAAACGCCAGUAGUCUGUCUGUGGACUGUUACCGCGGCGUCAAGGGAGCGAAAUUGUAUAUGAGUAGUGACAGCUGUUUGUACACACAACAACCUAAAUGGGUUGUGUUCGCUAGCGUUGAGAGCGGUCCGAAUGGGAUUUAUAUGCGAGAUUUGAUGACUGUACAAAGAGAGUGGCUCACAGAGGUCGCGACACAUUAUUACACGGACACAUGAGAAAAAUAAAAAAAAAACAUGUACAAACACUGU